CAGCCACACUUUCCGGAUUCGUACUCCGCAUCCCUUUCCAGUUCAACGCAUCGCGCAAGAAACCUCAAAAUCAAGAUGGCCGAUUCAAGUGUCACCGACCCCGCCGUCGCCGCCGAGCUCAAGAAGAGAAGGACCUUUAGGACAUUUUCCUACCGUGGAGUAGAACUCGACAAGCUUCUCGACCUCAACAACGAAGAGCUCGUCGACCUUGUCCACGCCCGUGCCCGCAGACGCUUCAAGCGCGGUCUCAAGCGCCGACCACUCGGCCUUAUCAAAAAAUUGCGCAAGGCCAAGAAGGAGGCACCUCCCAAUGAGAAGCCUGCCGUCGUCAAGACGCACUUGCGAGACAUGAUUGUGGUGCCCGAGAUGAUUGGAUCUGUUGUCGGAAUAUACAACGGCAAGGUCUUCAACUCUGUCGAGAUAAAGCCAGAGAUGACCGGCCACUACCUUGGCGAGUUCUCCUGCUCGUACCGUCCCGUCAAGCACGGUCGUCCCGGUAUUGGUGCUACCCACUCUUCCCGAUUCAUCCCGUUGAAGUAAAAGGAGGUCCCUACGUGCCGGAGGGCAGGCUUUAUACUUCUACUAUCAUCCAUGUCAUGCUUUAUGAAACAAUAUUGAUAUGCGAUUCCGGCCAU